UUCGAUGUCGACACCAUCGUUUGGGGCGCGUGCGCGGCCGACCGGAGAACACAUCGCCGCCUCCAGGGGAUGGUGGUACUCCAACAACUGGUCGGACUCGACGCCCCCCUUGCCUGCACUCUAUUCUCCACGCUACGCGGUCCGCUCUCGCUCCCGUCGCGUGCCGCCAGGGCUGUAAGCCGCCGACUAGCUCCGGGGGGGUGGGGGACGCCUGCGAUGUGGCAGCUCGGCGGCCACCGACUCCUCGCGCCGGCGGUGGGGCUCAGGGCCACCUCCACGGCCGCGGUGUCGUCGUGCAGGGCCGUGAUGUUACCGCGGUUCGGUGGGCCCGAGGUCCGCGAGGUGCGUCCGGCCGUCGGCGUCCCAAGUCUAAAGCCGCGGGACGUGCUUGUCCGCUCCCGCGCCGUCUCCAUCAAUCCCCUGGACUUGCGGAUGCGAUCUGGUUAUGGCUGUUCCAUUUUUGAACCACUUUUGCCUCUAAUUAUUGGUCGUGACAUUAGCGGUGAAGUUGCAGCUGUUGGAACUUCAGUUUCUUCACUGACUGUUGGUCAAGAAGUUUUCGGUGCACUACAUCCAACAGCUGUUAGGGGUACUUAUGCAGAUUAUGCCAUUCUCUCAGAAGAUGAGUUGACACUUAAACCACCUUCAGCAACACGUGGAAUACUUGGGGACAUCUAUGGACCAUGGUACAUCUUAGAAAACUUUGUGAUUGUGCAGGAUGCAAGUGCAAUACCAUUUGCUGCACUGACAGCUUGGCGUGCUUUAAAAAGUACAGCUCGAAUAACUAAUGGUCAAAGGUUGUUAGUACUAGGUGGGGGAGGAGCAGUUGGACUAGCUGCAAUUCAGAUUGCAGUCGCCGCGGGGUGCAGUGUAUCAGCUACGUGUGGAAGCCAGAGCAUUGAGCGAGUUUUGGCAUUUGGUGCUGAACAAGCCAUUGAUUAUACUGCUGAGGACAUAGAAGUUGCAAUUAAAGGACAGUUCGAUGCUGUUCUUGACACUAUAGGUGUACCUGAAACUGAGAGAACAGGAAUCAAUCUUCUGAAGAAAGGUGGACACUAUAUGAUGCUACAGGGAGAAACAGCUUCUUUAGCUGAUAAGUAUGGGUUGGUCAUUGGUAUUCCUGCUGCCACUACUAUUUUGUUAAAGAAGCAACUUCAGUAUCGAUAUUCUCAUGGAAUAGAGUACUGGUGGACGUACAUGAGGGCUGAUGCUGAAGGUUUAGACGAGUUCCGCAGGCUUUCAGAAGCCGGGAAGCUGAAGAUACCUGUGGAGGAAACAUUCCCCAUUGCCAAAGUUAGAAAAGCUCAUGAGGUGAAAGAGAAAAGAAUUAUACCUGGCAAGGUGGUUUUAGAAGUAGACUGAACACCACCCCAGAAACAUACUUUCUGCUCAAAAUGAAUUCUCAAGCCCUUAUUUUCUUUCUUCUCGUUUAUAGUUGGUCAAAAUGUAAUCAAAUCAAAUAUUUAAUUUAGGAAUCAAUUUUUAUUUUCU